AUGCAGCGCCUGGCCAUCUUCUUCGUGUUCCUGCUGAGCUCUGCUCUAGCUCUGCCCACUCCGGCCAGGCUGUGGAGCAAGGGUAAUGGCCGCAUCAUUGGAGGAUCCUCUGCCAACAUAGCCAACUACCCGUGGCAACUGUCUUUCCAUUUCCGGGCCGGCACCUCAACCCGUGGCAGCGGCGGUUUCGUCAGAAGCGCCAGCUCUGGCUACAUGCACGCAUCGUACAACGAAAACACCGUGGACUACUAUGUUGCCGUUGUCCAGGUGUCCGGAUCUCUGCUGGGUUCGAACAGACAGCCGGUUGGCCUCGCCAGUGACAACUACGACCCACCAGGUGGUCUCGCCGUGACGGUGACUGGCUGGGGAGCCACGUACACCGACGUACCGUCCGCCAACAGUCUUCUCAAGGUGGACAUCAGCAUCUUGGACCGCAACACGUGCAGGAACACCUUCGCCAACAUCAACACUGUGACCGACCGCAUGGUGUGCGCCGGCCAGGCCGGAAAGAGCGUCUGCAGCGGAGACUCUGGUGGUCCGCUGGUCAGCGGAAGCACCCAGGUGGGCAUCGUCUCCUGGGCAGUUCAAGGUGCGAGGCCACCCCCGGUGUCUUCGCCAACGUCGGCAAUCUGCGUUCCUGGAUCCGAUCUGCAUCUGGCGUCUAAGGACUCUGGGCUCUCUACUGUCCUGGGUUCCAUCACUGGUAUAUGUAACGCGAACAAAAUGUUUAUGUGCAAUUCUUUGCCCUUUUAA